AGGUGCACCAAAUACACGACGUUGGAAUUGAUUUGAUUUUAACGGUAAAAUUUGCAUCGUGGAAAAUUCAUACAAUUGGCAGAAGAAGAAAUCUCUCACCUGCCAGGAGCCACACAGGCUACAUAUUGUCGCCAGCAUCCCUCGCAAAAUCUUUCGUACCACUCACAAUUACGGCGGCGGUAGUAGCUUCCACCGACCAAGAAUACGAUUUGCGAUACAGGGGUAUGGUAUAUUUUCUGGGUGAUUGGGGCAUGGGAGAUAUUGAACGUACUACCGCGCAACAUGUCCCUACGAAUUUGCAGCAACUUAAUUUCCACAACUACAACAGUAGCCAGCAACAGCAGCAGCAGCAGCAUGAGCACCACCAUCUACAGCUACAGCAGCAUUCGCGAUCUGUUCCAUACAAUGUGGCCCACCAGCACCAACAGCAGCAGCAACAAGAGCAGCAACAACUGCAGCAGCAGUCCGUUCACUUCGAACGACCCGUUGCUACUGACGGUUUCCAUGUAACGAAGAGUGGUGACAAUUUUCCGGCGUACCUAAAGGAAGCGCACCAGCAGAAGCCAUCUCUGUUCGGUGCUCGGCAGAACAGCAAGCAAUUCUAUCAGAUCGGAGACCAGCAGCACGUCUCGCGGACGUCCACAACAGGGGCCCUUCACCAUGAGCAGGAGCAGUAUCAAUCGCAGAACCUCCACUUUAAUAAUCACGCCCUCCUGCAGCAGCAACAGCAGCAAUGUCAACAACAGCAGCAGAAGCAAGCGCAGCAUCAAAACCUCCACCACCAUCACCACCACCACCACAACCAACAACCACAGCAUGAUACCGAAAGUGACGAGGACGAGAUCGCUCUGUAUCCUCUCAACAACCAGGUCGGUGGCCAUACGAGACUCCUGCUGCUGAACCAAAGCACUGUGAUCAAGCCACUCAACCUUCGUGAACUCGAGUUCUAUCAAAACAUUCCCAGCGAUAUACAGCAGUUUGUUCCAAAGUAUAGAGGUGUUAUGCAAGCGACGACCAUGGGUGGCUCAAAGCUCGAAAAACGCUACUCGCCCAGCUUCCGGGACGAUCCAGUACGAAAGACUGCCGCGUCGAAGAGGAAGCGUGAAGAGGUGCUACGGAUGAAAAUACAUAAAAAUGGAAUACCUUCUGAAGUGUUAAAAAGUAUUGCACAGUUAGACAACUCCAAUAAACAAUAUUUUCUGAUGCUGGAAAACAUCACCUCCGCAUACCGGCAGCCCUGCAUCCUCGAUCUCAAGAUGGGGACCCGCCAGCACGGUGACGAUGCAUCGGCGGAAAAGCGCAGUAAGCAGAUGGCCAAGUGUGCGGCCAGCACAUCAGCCUCACUCGGCGUCCGGCUCUGCGGUAUGCAGGUUUACCAGACGAAGUUCGACGAUUACGUCAAGCGGGACAAGUACUGGGGCCGCGAGCUGUCCGAAGACGGCUUCAAAGAAGCGCUGCACAACUUCUUCCACAACGGCUACCGAUUACGGGCGAAGGUGAUCGCGAAAGUGUUGGACAAGCUGGAGCAGCUACGGCGCGUCAUCGAGAAGCAAUCGAGCUACCGCUUCUACUCGUGCUCACUACUGAUCGUGUACGAGGGGUACGAAGAUCCGGUCAUGAUGGCCGACAGUACCGAGCCUUCCGAUGCCGGCGACUACCACCUGCUCGAGACGGAAUCAAACUCCUACUGCUACGACGCAGACGCAUCAAACAGUUCGAUUGAGCCACCGAUGUCGUCGUCGAAUGAAGAGUUUCCAGUCCCGCCGCCGCGCGCCUCUUUUAGUUCCUCCUCCUCGCUACAUCACCACCGCGUGAACGCUUCGAUGGCCACGGUGGCAGCGGCAGCUGCAGCGGCCAAAGCGGCAGCAGCCACAGCAUCAUCAACGCCACUCCAUAACUCCGAUGCUGCUUCCCGGGUCGGUACGGCUCCUGGUUCUUGCACCACAUUCGCCGGUCACCACUUCCGCAGUGUAGUGACGGCAGCCGUCGAGCCGAUCGAGCAGAGUCUAGGUAGUAAUGGUGGCGACCGUACGACGGGAAAUUUGUCUUCUGCUCCGGCAUCCGAAACAGCGAAGGUAGCACCAUUCUGUCCGAUUUCGGAGGAGACCAUCUAUCCGGGUGCGACUGAUGGUUCAUCAUCGCCGAGCGACGCCAUUCCAAUCAUGCCACUGUUACCCUCAGCGGUUGGUGGUGGCGUUACCUGUGCGACCUCGUCGCAGCACAUUGUCAGCUCCAGCCCGCACUCGAUGGACUCAUGGAUGAACUACAGUAGCAACAGCAACAGCAGCAGCGACGAUUACGCGGCGGCCUUCGUGGUGCCAAAAGCGUCGGUGCCGGGUGGGCGCCCGGAACAAAGUACCGAUUUCGAGCCCAGCUUCCUGGGGGAUGAGAGUGGAGGACCUUUGCGGGGCAACGACGGCGGUUUCAGUACAAGCAACAGCAGUAUUACUUUCGGCCACAGUAAGCUUUCGCUCGAGAGCAGCAACAUUUGCAACAAUAACACUACGGAGAGUGUGGCCACCACGAACGACCUGGGCGGCGGUAGUAUCUUCGCGACCGGGGUUGCCGGUGCGGUUCUGGGUGCAAUAGAGCCGAGUGGGGUGGGCAGAAGUGUGGAGCAACGCGUCGGUGGCGUGUUUGAGGGUAGUAGUCAGCAUGACAACUCCGACGCCGGAUACCACGAAGAUGAGGUGGAUGAUGACGACGAGGAGGAGGGUGAAGUGGACGACGAGGAGGAGCGGCAGCUGUUGCGCAAGAAGCAGAUCGGUAGCAGCAGUGGCUCGAAGCGGCUGAAGGGCAAGGAUAGCAGUAGCUGCUGCCCGGGAGAUGCGGGCGUCGGAGCUGGCGGCCCCAUUCGGAAACCGCUCGGUGGCUCUACUGCGAGCGGAACGGCUACAGGGGGCACCUCGAUCCCGCUACGCCGAAAGCUUAGCUCCAAGUCAAAAUCGGGUUCGCUUGGCGGCGGGCUAGGAGGGAUCGGCGGCGGUACGAUGGGUAUCGGUGGCGGCACCAGCACGCUCGGUAUGGCCGAUGUUCGUAUGAUUGACUUCGCGCACACCACGUUCGAGAUUAAGAACGGGGGUGCCUCACUAUGCACCAGCACCAACGUCAAGGUACACCACGGCCCAGACAGUGGUUUCCUCCGCGGUUUGGACAGCCUCAAGAACAUCCUUACAGAAAUUUGCGAGGAUUUCUAUUAGUUAGGGUCGCAUUAGCCUGCGCUGGUAUGGAAGGGAAUGAUGUCAACGAAACGAACAGGCCAAAUCAUAGAAGGAUCUGGGGAUCAAAUACGGAGCUCCAAGGAGCUACAAGUUUGUCGUAAACUGCUAUGGGUCUAGUUUUGUCCAUUUGUUCUAGUUGCAAGCAUCAUCGAGAUGUAAGGAAGGUACAAAGCAAUGACAAAAAGAAAAGGAAGUUGUGCAAUCUACCACAGUCAGAUGAUUUUCAGUUUUCGGAAAACAAAACUUCACCUCACACACACAGACAUUUGUACGAGUGAUCUUGAAUGGCAACAGAAUCGAUGUUCGGGGCUGUAAUCGAAGUAGCCAUGUGAUGUUUUUUAUGUUUGGAGAAUAUUCUAGUGGUUUUUUAUUUAGAAAAACCUUUUUUAUUGGAAACGCAGUCAUUGACUGCGAGUUGAACUCCCCCAAAACACCAUCAUAUAGAGGAUGUCGAUCUUUAGUCGAUUUUGUCAUACAUGGCAGUUUCUCACAUGUUGUUUUAUUUUUGUCCACGGUGUUUUCCAAAAGCAUACAAAAUGCUACUAACUCCGUGCUCAUCUCAUGCACGAGAGUGGUACGAUUUAGUACGUCCCACUCUAUUCAAGAUCCGAUAGUGUCGUUAGUUUCCUAGCAUAAAUUGGAAAAGGGGACUCAGUCGGUUGCGUAUCAGCGAACGACGAUGCUGAGGCGAAGAAAAUAUAAUAGAAAAUAGUGCACGGCUGCGGUACACCAUUAGUAUCAGCGACAGUUUACGGGGAAUUUAAACGGUCCACGACCAUGCACACUGUUUAGAAUCCAGAAGACGGAAAAUCCGGCUAGCAAGGUGUCGAAGGGAAGAUGAAGAAUGAUUAUGUGAAGAUUGUGAUACAAAAAAGCAUUUGUUUGUCCUCCUCACCGCAGCAAAUUUAGUUACGUUAUUAGUCGAAUGCGCUCAAGUGUCCGUCUUUUUUUUAUGUUGCAUAAAUAUAUAUAUAUCUAUAUAUAUAUAUGUAUUAUUAUAUAAAUAUUUCAUAUGUGUGUCCCUUAGGCAGUUGAAUUGUAAUACGGUUUUUGAAGAAAACCACGGUUAAAAUAUGAUAGAAGAUUUAUACUUUCCACUUCCCGUCGUGUUAUCUAUUAUUUUCGUUUUCCUUUUCCAAUCCACACAAGACGCGGUGGUAGCACUCUGCAAACGAUCAGUUAUGCAGGUGUUAAAAGUACAAUUAUUGGUUUAUAGUAAUAACGUCCAUUUUUAUGUCUAUUUGGUGAUACUACUCUUUGGUGAAUGGUGAAACGGACGGUUUAGCAACUAAAAUGUAUGUAUGCACUUUUAGUUUUGGUCAAUACGGAACACGGUAGGUCCGUCGUGUGUGUUGUAUUUGCUUUAUCAUUGCGUACAAUCCUAGUUGCUUAGCGGAAUCUUUCCGGGAGUUUCGGUGUUUGUGUUGAUUCAUAUGAGUAUUUAUUCGUCUUAGUAUACUGUAGUUCCUUACGCCAUCUCAACUCUAACUUUUAAUUUGGUUGAGUAUUUAUCAACCAACUGCACAUGUUUUUACAUCCUCAUUACAAUUUUGUAUUAUUAACGUUAGCGGUUAAUAAGCGACUGUGCACACGCGAAUGGCCAUGUUCUGUGUUAUCCUUCCAACCAUACGGGUUGGAUAAAAACACGAAGCUGAAUGUUUGAAUGGGGAAUGAAUGUGUAUUAUUAGUACUGUAUAAAACGUUGUCCUGUUUGAGCCUUUCCGCCAUUCGCAAGCCCUUUUUAAUUAGCACCAUUUCCUAUUUGAGAAACGUGAAGAAGAAAAGUAUAAAAUUAUCCUACUAAGAACUUACAACGUUGGUUGAAUUUAACGAUACAAUGCCAUUUUCUUCUUCCCUUCAAUUUGCCAUGCCUCUUCGUGUGCGUGUGUUUGUAAAGAAAUGUAAUGUAUUGUCACAAAGUAAACGAUUAAUCGCACCGAUUUGUUGCAGUUCGCGGUGUAAAGUACCUUAGAUUAACACACUGAAAUGCAGAAUCCAACACCGGGGGCAUCAAACCGACUACAAGUUGUGGAUUUGUAUUAAUGUUUUUUUUUAAAUUGAAAUGCAUACAGUAGCAACUAA